CUAAACCAGGACUAUGACAGAGCCAACACAAAACCUACACCAGGACUAACCAGGAUAACACCAAACCUGAAGUCAGAAUUUUUAUUUUUGAACGAAUAUUGAGGUAAAACAAAAAGAAAAAAAAAUCUACUAAUGGCAGCAGGGUUUGUGAAAAUGGAGAUACACAUAUUUCUCAUCCUUCUGUUGUGUUCAGGUGCUUUAGGAUGUAACUAUAGACGUGUUCUGAACAUCUCUGUACUACACCUGGAGGCUCUGAGUGGCACCUGUUUGCUGAUCCCCUGCACAUUCAGCUUUUCCACUACAUAUAAAUUAGACCUGACUAAACCCUGUUGUAGCCAUUUGGAGCAAGACACAUCCCAACAUGGGCAGAAAUGAAGAUCCAGUAUUUUUUCACAGUGCUAGGCUCAACGGCUCAUCUCCUAUGGAAAUGAUUGGAUACCUGCAUCAGAAAAACUGCACCACUCUGUUCUCUAAUAUAAACACAACUCAUUCUGACAAGUAUUACCUCAGAAUACAAAACCCCAGUUUUAAUGCGACUGCAGUGUGUGAUCCACUUAAUAUAACAGUCCAAGAAUCUCCAUCGACCCUGUCAGUGCAGGUGUCAGGGUCACAGAGGGAGCACAAGACAGUGAAUAUAACCUGCUCUGCUCCCUCUCCCUGUCCUGAAACUCCUCCUAAACUCACAUGGAGCCUCCAACCAGAGCCUCCACACAGCAUGCUCCAAAACUCUGAUGGGACCUUCACCACUUCAGUACGACUCCAGAUGAGAUUAUCUGAUCAGCACCAUGGACUGAAGGUGCGCUGUUCUGCUGUGUAUCCUGUGAAGGGAGGACAGAAGCGUGCAGACAAGACCGUCUCUUUGAGUGUGGAGUAUUCUCCUAAAAACACGUCCGUGCGGCUCAGCUCGAACACUUCACUGUCAGAGGGACAGUCUGUGAAUCUGAGCUGCUCCAGCAGAGCCUGGCCUCCAGUCCAGAGCUUCAGCUGGUUCAGGGUCACCUCACAGGGUCCACACAGAGUUCAUGAAGGAAACGUCUACAGCCUCAUUUUCAACCGUGCAAACCAAGGAGAAUACUUCUGUCAAGCCAAGAAUCAAGUCGGGGAACAAAAUUCUCCAACAAUCAACCUGCAAGAAGAAGAGCUACCAUGGAAGCCCAUUCUUGGAGGAGGCAUUGGUCUCCUGAUACUCAUCUGCAUCGCUGUUUUUAUUAGUCAUCACGUCAUUUCUAAAAGUCGGGCCCCAAAGGAAGCCCAGAUAGAGAUUUAUGAGGAAGUGCACAAAGAGGAAGACACUGUCCUUUAUGGAGAAGUGGUGUUUACCAAGUCUACAACAUCCGGGCCUGGUGCUACGGUCCAGCACGCAGAAAACCCGGAGGAGACCAUCUACUCCCAGGUCAAAGUGAACAAGGCAGCGGCCGGCCCAACACAGCCCACAGAGGACAUUUAUUCAACAGAGAAGAAGAGUGCUUUAGGAUGUAACUAUAGACGUGCUCUGAGCAUCACUGUACCGAACCUGGAGGCUCUGAGUGGCACCUGUUUGCUGAUCCCCUGCACAUUCAGCUUUUCCACUACAUAUAAAUUAGACCUGACUAACCCUGUUGUAGCCAUUUGGAGCAAGACACAUCCCAACUUAGGCAGACCUGGAGAUCCAUUAUUUUUUCACAGUGCUAUGCCCAGCCUCUCAUCUCCUAUGAAAAUGAUUGGAGACCUGCGUCAGAAAAACUGCACCACUCUGUUCUCUGAUAUAAACACAAGUCAUUCUGACAAGUAUUACUUCAGAAUACAAAACCACAAGUUUAUCGCGACUGCACUUUGUGAUCCAUUUAAUAUAACAGUCCAAGAAUCUCCAUGGACCCCGUCAGUGCAGGUGUCAGGGUCACAGAGGGAGCAGGAGACAGUGACUAUAACCUGCUCUGCUCCCUCUCCCUGUCCUGAAGCUCCUCCUAAACUCACAUGGAGCCUCCAACCAGAGCCUCCACACAGCAUGCUCCAAAACUCUAAUGGCACCUUCACCACUUCAGUACAACUCCAGAUGAGAUUAUCUGAGCAGCACCAUGGACUGAAGGUGCACUGUUCUGCUGUGUAUCCUGUGAAGGGAGGACAGAAGAGUGCAGACAAGACCAUCUCUCUGAGUGUGGAGUAUUCUCCUAAAAACACAUCUGUGUGGCUCAGCACGAACACUUCACUGUCAGAGGGACAGUCUGUGAAUCUGAGCUGCUCCAGUAGAGCCUGGCCUCCAGUCCAGAACUUCAGCUGGUUCAGGGUCACCUCACAGGGUCCACAAAGAGUUCAUGAAGGAAACAUCUAUAGCCUCAUUUUCAACCGUGCAACCCAAGGAGAAUACUUCUGUCAAGCCAAGAAUCAAGUCGGGAAACAAAACUCUCCAACAAUCAACCUGCAAGGAGAAACACUUGAAUACGAGCUACCAUGGAAGCCCAUUCUUGGAGGAAGUAUUGGUCUCCUGAUACUCAUCUGCAUCGCUGUUUUUAUUAGUCAUCACAUCAUUUCUAAAAGUCGGGCCCCAAAGGAAGCCCAGAUAGAGAUUUAUGAGAAUGUGCACAAAGAGGAAGACACUGUCCUUUAUGGAGAAGUGGUGUUUACCAAGUCUACAACAUCCAGGCCUGGUGCUAAGGUCCACCAGACAGAAAACCCGGAGGAGACCAUCUACUCCCAGGUUAAAGUUGGUCCAAUAUAUCCCACAGAGGACCUUUACGCAACAGUGAAGAAGAGCUGAGUCUAUAUUUUAUUUAAAGACUAAAUGCAGAAGUGAACAGAAAAGCUGGGGGUCUGUAGUUCCCAUGGUGAAACAAUGCAGACAUUAGCAAACACAGCCAUAGAAGUUUUAAGAUAUAGUCUGAAAACUCAAUAAAAAUACAAAAUGGAUGUAAACAAUGCAUUUUCAGAAGGCUGUGAUCAAUACGAGUGUUCAUGGUCCUGUUUUGGUUUGAUUUUCAACAAAAGGAUCGACAUACCGCCACUCCGACAGACCCCCACCCUGACAUUCCUCAUUCCGACAACACUCCAUUCCCACAUUCCCACAUAGCCACAUUCCAACACCUUUUGCCAUCCGGACAACCUGCUCAAAGUUUGGAGUGUGACCUUUUUUGCCUUGUGUAUGCCGCAUGGACCGCAUCUCCUCCCAUGCACUGUGUGGGCAGCACCUCUAAACCAGGACUAAAAUCAAGACUAAACUAGGACUAAAACCAGCACUAAAACCAGGUCUAAACCAGGACUAACCAGAACUAAAAUCAGGACUAAAACCGCGCCUCCUACGCCACCAGUCCAUGAAAAUAUUGUCCCAAAAAGACCGCCGCCACAACUUAAUAAUUACCUUGCGUGAAUGUUCAAUAAAACCUAAAAAGUGUCGGAGUUCUGGGACGUUUGAUAAAACAUGGAAAUGCCGCCCUUCUGACAAUUAGAUGUCAAUGUCAGAGUGGCGGUAUGUCGGAAUGGCAGCCUGUAACUGGGAAUUGUUUAACAGCACAAACCAGCCCACCUGUUGUAAGUUUGUUUGUUCCGGUUACAUUGUGCUCAGAUUAAAGUCUAACUUGAGUAACAGAGUUUCAGACAGAGCAGUGCCUACAGAUAGCAUCACACCCCCAGGAAAUGUUGAUGACGUCAAUAUCAAUAAGUUUCAGUCUUGGAAUACAAAGAAAGCAAACUAGCAGUUUUCUGCGUUUCAAAUCAUCAGUGGCAUGGAUCAGCUAGUAUCGUAGUACCUGAGAUCGGUCUUGGUCUUGGACUCGGUCUUUUCUCUGACUUGAUGGUGCUUGGUCUCGGUCUUGUCUCAGACUCGAGAUCUGACAUUGGACGAGUGCGAUCAUAUUUCAUUACGGCUGGUAAAUGCGCUGAGGCUGCUAAAUAUCACUGCAAAACCCGUAAGAUAAUAUAAAUGUAAAUGUUAUGAACUUCAAAAAACUCACUUGAUUCACUUUGAAGUUGUUUUCUGUAAAGUGCCAGUGGAAAUCGAAUUAAAGGAGAGGUUCUCAAACUGCAGGUGAGGGUCCAAAAAGGGGCACAGAGUGUUUCUGUGCAGCCUAAAUGAACAUUAAUCAGAUGAAGUGGAGAUUGAUUUAUUAAAACAUUGAUAUAAAGGUGUCAAAAUAACUAACUGCUUCGGUCUUGUUUCGGUCUCGACUGUCAGAGGUCCUGGUCUUGUCUGGUCUCGGCCUUUAAAAGUCUUGGUCUUGUCUCGGUCUCGACUGUCAGAGGUCUUGGUUUUGUCUUGGUCUCUGCCUUUAAAAGUCUUGGUCUUGUCUUGGUCUCGACUGUCAGAGGUCUUGGUCUUGUCUCGGUCUCGGCCUUUAAAAGUCUUGGUC